AUGAGUGAAAUGAAUUCACGUUGCCAGGUUGACCUUAUCGAUAUGCAAAGUGAGCCUGAUGGAGAAUAUAAAUUUAUUCUCAAUUAUCAAGAUCAUCUAACUAAAUUUGUAAUACUACGACCACUUAAAACAAAGACAGCAAAUAAAGUGGCAGAUGUUAUUCUCGAUAUAUUCUGUUUGUUUGGAGCCCCAAAUAUUUUGCAUAGUGACAAUGGAAGAGAAUUCAGCAACCAGGUCAUUGAACAAUUAGCAGCAACUUGGUCAGCUAUAAAAAUCGUUCACGGUAAACCACGACACUCCCAGAGUCAGGGCUCCGUUGAAAGAGCAAAUCAAGAUGUUCGCGAUAGCCUUGUAGCCUGGAUGUCAGAUAAUAACUGUCAAAAUUGGGCAAAAGGUCUUCGGGUUAUUCAGAGUACAAAAAACCGCAGUUUCCAUACAGCAAAUGAAAUUAAGACUGAAGAACAACUUGAAGAGCAUCUGAAAUUAAUAAAAGAAUCUUUAGAAAAAGAACAAGAAAACGACACCGAAUUUAAUAUCGAAAAGGAACGAGAAAACGAAACGCAAUUUCAUAUGGAAACCGAAUUAGAUAUAGAAGUCUAA